AUGUUUGUCAAUACUAUUCCUGAAAUCCAACGUACCAAUCUUGCUAGUGUGGUGUUACUUCUCAAAUCUUUAGGUGUAAAAGAUCUUUUAGAGUUUGAUUUUAUGGAUCCUCCUCCUCAGGAUACCAUUCUCAAUUCUAUGUAUCAACUUUGGGUUCUAUCCGCACUUGACAAUACUGGGGAACUGACACCAGCUGGUGCUAAAAUGAAUGAUUUCCCUCUGGAUCCUUCAUUAGCCAAGAUGUUGAUCACUGCCCAAGAUCAAAACUGUACAGCUGAAGUCCUGACUAUUGUAUCCAUGUUAUCAGUACCAUCUGUGUUUUAUCGACCGAAAGAACGUAUGGAAGAAAGUGAUCUUGCAAGAGAAAAAUUCUUUGUUCCUGAAAGUGAUCAUCUUACCCUGCUUCAUGUUUAUACCCAAUGGAAAUCAAACCAUUACCGUGACAGUUGGUGCACCAAACACUUUAUUCAUCCCAAGGCCAUGCGCAAAGCCCGUGAAGUACGAUCACAACUAUUGGAUAUUAUGAAAACAUUGAAAAUGCCAUACGUCUCUUGUGGUACCGAUUGGGAUGUCAUUCGAAAAUGUAUUUGUUCAGCCUAUUUCCAUCAAGCUGCUAGAGUCAAAGGUAUUGGGGAAUACGUCAAUUGUCGUAGUGGUAUGAAAUGUCAUCUCCAUCCUACAAGUGCACUCUAUGGUGCUGGAUUUACUCCAGAUUAUGUUGUCUAUCAUGAACUUAUUAUGACGUCCAAGGAAUAUAUGCAAUGUGUUACGGCGGUGGAUCCAUUUUGGUUGGCAGAAAUGGGUCCCAUGUUCUUUUCUAUUCGUGAUCGAGACAGGAACUAUGGACAUAAGGGACAUUUACAUACGUAUCGAUUCUGUGACGAUGUAUGGACAUUUAUCAUUGAGAAUCCCAACUUUAAGUUUGAUCAAGAUACCAUAUCAUCCGAUAAAGUCAAGAUUGUAGCUUGCAAUGCCAAACGACCUGGAGAACAAUAGAUCAACCUUUUUUUUUUACUAGUUUAGUCUCUUAGUUUUACCCUUCCGUCAUCUUAUUUUCCACCUUUUCUAUCAGCCAUUUAUUUUGUUUUUAUCAUGUACAUAUCUCAUACUGCGUGUUCCACUCCUUUCUCUACAAAAUCCAAUAAAAAAUCAUCCUUUUUUUUUAUUUU